AUGGGGAUCGGGGGAGAAAUUGAACACAUCUUCAAGAACUUCAAGUCGGAUGCAGCCAAUGAGGUUAGCCUCUCGGCAAAUCUCAAUCAUGAAGAAGAUGCUUUUGAAGAGUAUUUGAAAGAUUUGCUCAAUGGAGGGACUCUUGAUUUUGCAAAUGACGAUCUCAGAAGCGGCUACUUUUACAAUGUCUGUGCUGCUUGCAUAAUACGCUGCAUCGAAUGCUACAAAUGCAUCGGUCGAAUAGCUUCUAUCGAAGUUCUGGCUUCAGAGUAUGAAAAUUUAUCGAAGAUGGAAACGAUUGACAAGACAAGAAGGAAGCGUGAUGUAGAACAACGAUUGGAGGAGUUAGAUGAAGCUUUAGUAAGCGAACCAGACGACAAUGAGGUUCUGUUCAGGAGGGCGUGCCUCACUAAAGUGCUGGAUAAGUUCGAGUCUAUUCGAUUGACCAGAAAGGCAAUCAAAGUUUGCUACUCACUUUCUGUGAACCACCCAAAUCGUCUGGGUGUCAUCAUUCCAGCCAUCAUCUUCUAUGCAAGGGGGUUAUAUGAUGCGACCAAAAUUUCGUGGGAGAAAGCAAUGCAGAAUGUGUCCAGCAAAAAGCAUAGGUCCAUCCUCGCAGUUCUGAAGGUUUCACCAUUUCAUUUCUCGCUUUAA